GGCGGAGCUCCAGAGCGGCCGGUACUGUUGGAAGCGGCUGGUGGAGUUGCCGCCCUUGCGGCCGGGACUCUAGACUAUGGCGGCUAGUGACACAGAACGAGAUGGACUAGCCCCAGAAAAGAUGUCCCCAGAUAGAGACAAGAAAAAAGAGCAGUCAGAUACAUCUGUUUCUCCUAGAGCCUCAAAGCAUCAUUAUUCAAGAUCACGAUCAAGGUCAAGAGAAAGAAAACGGAAGUCAGAAAAUGAAGGAAGAAAACACAGGAGCCGGAGCAGAAGCAAAGAGGCAAGAAGACAUGAAUCCAAAGAUAAGUCCUCUAAGAAACACAAGUCUGAGGAGCAUAAUGACAAAGAACAUGCUUCUGAUAAAGGAAGAGAGCGACUGAAUUCAUCUGAAAAUGGUGAGGACAGACACAAACGCAAAGAAAGAAAGUCUUCACGAGGAAGAAGCCACUCAAGAUCUAGGUCCCGGGAGAGGCGUCACCGGAGUAGAAGCAGGGACCGGAAGAAGUCUCGCUCCAGAAGCAGGGACCGGAAGAAGUCUCGCUCCAGAAGCAGGGACCGGAAGAAGUCACGCUCCAGAAGCAGGGACCGGAAGCGGCGGGUCAGAUCCCGUUCCCGCUCCAGGUCGAGACAUCGGCAUCGGAGUAGAAGCAGAAGCAGGACAAGAAGCAGAAGUCGAGAGAGGAAGAAGCGAAUUGAGAAACCAAGAAGAUUUAGCAGAAGUUUAAGUCGGACUCCUAGCCCCCCUCCCUUUAGAGGCAGAAACACAGCAAUGGAUGCACAGGAAGCUUUAGCCAGGAGGUUAGAAAGGGCAAAGAAACUGCAGGAACAGCGUGAAAAAGAAAUGGUUGAGAAACAGAAACAACAGGAAAUUGCUGCAGCAGCUGCAGCUACCGGGGGUUCAGUUCUCAAUGUUGCUGCCCUGUUGGCAUCAGGCACACAAGUGACUCCUCAGAUAGCUAUGGCGGCUCAAAUGGCAGCCUUGCAAGCAAAAGCUUUGGCAGAGACAGGAAUAGCUGUGCCAAGCUAUUACAACCCAGCCGCUGUGAACCCAAUGAAGUUUGCAGAACAGGAGAAAAAACGGAAAAUGCUUUGGCAAGGAAAGAAAGAAGGGGACAAAUCCCAGUCGGCUGAAAUAUGGGAAAAAUUGAAUUUUGGGAACAAGGACCAAAAUGUCAAAUUUAGAAAAUUAAUGGGUAUUAAGAGUGAAGAUGAAGCUGGGUGUAGCUCCGUUGAUGAAGAAAGUUACAAGACUUUGAAGCAACAGGAAGAAGUAUUUAGGAAUCUAGAUGCACAGUAUGAAAUGGCAAGAUCACAAACCCACACACAAAGAGGAAUGGGCUUGGGUUUCACAUCUUCAAUGCGAGGAAUGGACGCCGUUUGAGAAAGCACCCUUGUACAGUUUGGAACUUUAUAGACUUUUUGUUCUGAAGUCAGGUCCUUGUUCACCAAACAGCUAGCAUUCUAGCUUGCAUGGGUGUUGCAUUGACUUUAAUUUAUUGAAAAUCUACGAUUUUUUUGUUGUUUUGUAAAUAUCAGAUCAGUGAUACUGGUGUUAGUGUUGUAAUCAGGUUAAACCCACUUCCAUUAAAUUUGACAGGACUAUAGAAGGACAAUAUUUUUUGAGUUCAUGAAUUCUACUUUUCAAAUAUAUAAAAGCUGCAGGUGGGAUAAAAGUCUCAUCCAUGGAUUUUCUGUGUCCACUGUCUUGUGUACUUUUGUACUUAACCUUGUACAGUUAUUUUCAUCUCUUGAAACAUGAAAGAAACGUUAUGUAGCUGUUCUUUAGAUGAUCUGGCUAUUUGGUACAUAGGCCAGCACAAAUAACGCUGGGUAGAGACAAUAAAAAUGGUUUUCUCAAAACUGGUGUUAAAAUAACAUGAAAUUCUUGUAUUUGUUGUAUGGUUUCUAUGUUUGGUAAAGUGUGUUAAGCAUUUUGCAAUUGGCUGUUAGAAAGUACUAACUAGAACUUCCCCAGCCUCCCCUUUUUAAAAAAAGAAUUAUGCUAGACAAUGCCAUAGUGAGCAGAUAUGUAGUAAGGUGGAAAGAAGCAAAAACUAUUAGAAUACUGUUCUAUUAUGUGGAACAGAAUUGGUGUACAGUAUUUGUUAACUAUUCCAUGUUACUAAAAAAAUACAUAAAUGCAUUAAAGGGAUGUAAGCACUUUUAUUUUAAUAAAGUGCCUUAUAACAAGUCA